CAUAAAAGAGCUGUGGUGGGAAUAUUCAGCACCAUUAUCGUGAAUUUGCAUGCUGAAUGAGUGCAACGCAACAAAAACAAAAUGUGUGGAGUGAAAUGCAUCACUUUUAUGCUGUGGGUUUAUAUUCUCAAUGUAAUAACUGGAGAAAACAAUUCAAAAAUGGUAUUAACUCCGUUACAUCGAAUGAUUCAUGUUGGUGAGGAUUUGGAGAUUACCUGUCGAGUGACUGAUUGUCCGGUUAAUGUGACCUUCUCGUGGACAUCUGCAACAGACACAUUUCUUAAUCCAGAAAUUAAAAAUGAGAAUACUGUUUCCCAUCUGCUGAUCAGGAACAUUUCUGUUAUACACAGUGACACUGUCGUGUGCAGAUCUUCAUGUGAAGGAAAACCCCUACAGAAAACUUCACAUAUAGAUAUCUUCUCAUUUCCAGAAGACCCCGUACUGCCCAAAAUCGAGAGUCUCAUUGCAAACCAAAAAAAGAAGCUCAUCUGCAAAGUCCACAACAUUUACCCUUUGGAAAAGUUUCACAUUGAGUGGUUUCGUGGAGAUAAAUCCCUCCAUAAGGAAGAACUUUAUUCAAAACAUUCAGACCAUGUUCAGAAUUAUUCGUCUGUGUUCAAUUACACACCUUCAGUCGAUGAUCUAGGCAAGAAUAUUAGUUGCAAGGCAACCCUGGAUCUCAAUCAUUGGAACAAAACAACAACUGCUGAAUAUGGUCCAGGGACUGUGACAGUUUCCAGCAAUAAUACCAUGGUAAAGCUUGGCGAUCAUUUGGAGAUAACAUGUCAUGCAGACGGAAACCCCAAGCCGACAAUCUUGUGGUGGAAACUGGGGGAGACUGAGCCUGAACAGCAGAGCCAGAACCACAAGCUCAUAAUAAGUAAUGCUUCCUGGUCUCAGGCAGGUUGGUAUCGGUGUAAUGCAAGCAAUAACGUGGGAAGCCAGCAAAUGAGUGUAAACGUCAUUGUUGUAGGUCCUCCAAACAUCCCCAAAAUCCAGUUAAGCCAUGGAGGAGAGCUGAAAGAAGGAGAGAACUUAAGCAUAUUCUGUUCUUCAGACGGCGGGCCAGCAGAACUGAAACUGUACAGACAGUCCCAGAGCGCAGCGACAGGAGUGAGGAAUGACUCAGCUGUGCUUUUAAACAUCUCAUCAAUCCAGAUAACAGAUGCAGGGAUUUACAUCUGUGAAGCAAAAAAUGACUUUGGCACUGAGAGAAGCACAAUGAACAUUACAGUCAAGGCACAGCAUAGCAUCUCGAGAAAUCCAGACCUGCCUGUCGCUAUUCUGCCGGCUGUGGGGUCAGUGUCGCUGUUGACCGCUGCUGGACUGCUGAUCCGACACUGCAGAAAGCAAGCCAGGAGCAACAUCAGUACAAUCCUCUAAACAGAUGAAGAGCACAUUAACAAAAUGAAGUGCUUUUCUGCUGAAAGGAACAUUCACCUUGACAUUAUGUAUAUUAAGCUUACUGACCGGUCAGUCAAAAGCUGCAUUUUCUGUAUUUAGUAAUUUUGUGGCUAACAGUGUUAUUUUCUUAUAAAAUUAAUACUUGAUAGAUCAUCUCAAAACACAGUGUACAUGCAGUUGCACAAAUGGUCAAAAGUUUCUAAGUUUCUGCAUCUAUUUGAUUAAAAAUACGGUUGAUUAAAACAGCACUAAUUCUUUGGUAAUAAUGAACAAUAAUGAAUUGGUGCUCAUAAAACAUUUCUUCUGGUUCUUCUCAUUAUUAACAGUUUAAAAAGCUUGGGACACACAGGAAACUCAUUUCAAAUUCUGAUCCAUGCAGACUUUUCCUUUUCCUUUUCCUCCAAAAAAAUUGCAACAAUGGUUUUGGGUAAACUUAACCUGUUAACUGUUUCAUGCAUUGUCCAUUCUUUUCCUGUUUCUGUUAUCGGUCUAUCAAUCUUCCAGUUUCUUCAGGAAGUCCCAUUCCUGACCCAGCACUGUACUGUAGGUGUUGAAAUGUAUUGCUGCCUGCUGUUUAAUGCAGAGUGCAUAUCGUGCUUCAAAACAACAAAUGCCAUUUAAGAAGGUCUUGAUUAAAAUUGCUACAGUGGAAAUAUUGCAAACAUCGACAAUCCCAACAUGCUAAAAUUGGACUGGCUACAUGAACAGAGUAGAAAAUAAAAUGUUUUCUAAUGUUUGUCCUUGUUAUUUUGUCUAUAAUGGUUGUAAAAUUAGAAUUAAGUAUCUUACAUCCUGAGAAAUCUCUUGUGUGCCUUCCUGAGAUGGACAUGGUUUUUUAGUGUUAUUUUUUAAGUCAUUUUUUUUUUACCCCUCUUUGAUACGUGCGAAGGAAGAGCUACAAAAGGAAAAAAAAAAUAAACAUAUCUGAUUUUAAUGUUAUGUGUGCUUCAAAGCAAAUUUGUUUAUGUUGCUCUGCCGCUUCCCUUAUCAAAAAGGGAUGGAAAUGACUUUAAAAACAAGAUUAAACUAAAAGUCAUGAUCACAGACCAUCUCAGGAAGGCACAUUUGCACACAUUUUAGGUUUUGUAGUUUGCAAAGCUUACAUUAAAACAUCAUGAAUUUCUCAUUGUUGGGCAAGAUAUCCCACCAACAAUGUAGUUUUUAAGUGGAACUUCAUCCGAACAGAGUUUGAAGGGAAAAUAAAUAAUAAAAUUCUGUAAACUGUGGGGUGGAUCCAGUUUGGUUUUCAGAUAUUUAUGUUACUAGGCACUUUGUGACAGCUAAUCAUUUCCUUUGUAGCACAUACCGAGUUCCUCCAGGGGAUACAAGAAUAAUAUGCAUUGUUUGUGUUCUCCUUCUGAACGCAUCAGAUCAAAAGUGAAAGUGAUUUUAUCCAACAGGUCCAUUAUGUGAAGGCUUUUAAAGGAAGUAUGGUUUCACCAAAAGUGUUUUGCUGUUGCUUUGACCCCAUAUCAAUACAGGAUGAGAAGUUCAAUAAGAUAGGAUGUUCUUAGAAUUCAGCUUUUUUCUCAGGAAAUGUAUCUUGGCAUAUUAUAUUUUGGUUUAUUUUGCAAUAAUCAAAAUGUGUAAAUAACACAUAUACUGGUGUUUAUUCUUUCAUGUAAUUUCAUAAUUUCUCCUUGCAGCCACUGCUAAAUAAAUGAUUUUAUAUUGCA